CAGCCCAAAACUCCCGUGGAUUUUAGGAGGCGGAACAUUGGGGCUCUUUUACCGGCAGUCGGUUGUGACCCAACCUUUAAAGUGGAAACGCCAAAUUUUGGGUCAAACAGCAAACUUAGUUAAACUGAAGAACCUUAUUUUAUGUACAAAAUUCGAGAAAAUCGCAUCAGAUUAGCGUACCCAACCGACCAAUUUGUUGGAACUCCAGCCGGGUUUUCGAAGGCAGAGCGAUAGAGUUGCGGACGCAGAAGGUUCUCCUCUGCUGUGCUAAACUUGGCUGUCACAGGCGCAGCUGAAUCGCAAAAGCAUUGACUGAGAAUUGAGUUUCCUAGGUUAGUAUCGCCAACCGACCAAUUUGUUUGAACUCCAUCCGGGUUUUCGACGGCAGAGCGAUAGAGUUGCGGAGGCAGAAGGUUCUCUUCUGCUGUGCUAAACUUGGCUGUCACAGACGCAGCUGAAUCGCAAAAACAUUGACUGAGAAUUGAGUUCCUAGGUUAGUCGGUCGAUCAUGAUAUACGUCGGAGGAGUUCCCUUUUCGUCGUCGCCUUCAUCGGCAUCCCCUCGUCAGGAAUAUGAAAUCUUGGUUGCACUAUUAGAGCACCCCAUGAUGCUUUCUGCAUCAAAUUCAUUUAAAGAACUACCAGAAUUGAAAAUCUCAGAUGCACAAGGAAAUAGCUGUUGCAAGCUGAAGCAUGUCUAUGUCUUCCAGAGAGAAUACGCAACGGUUUAUCCUGAACAUGUUGAUUUUAUAGGAACAGAUGAGGCAACUACCUGUGUGGGACUAGUGAUUCGCAACCAGAAGGAUGGGAUCACCUCUGUUGCUCAUCUGGACUCUCCAAGUGUUGUUUCUUUGGGCCUUAACAGCAUGUUAUCAUCACUUAAUACUAGCAUAGAUACAGAGCUAGAUGUGCAUCUAAUAGGUGGCUAUGAGGAUUCACCUUCUCAAGAUAUGGGUCAUAGUGGUGGUAAGUCAGAAGAUCGCAGAAAAAAGGUUGGGCAUUCUUGGGAUUUGUGCGGUGAAAUAAUCAAAGCUUUACAAAAUGAUGCUACACCUUUUCACAUUAAAACGCUCUGUAUCCUGUCCCAUAAUACUUGGAGAGACAACUGUGGAACCUCACGCCCCAUAGCCAAUGGUUUUCUGGUAGAAACUUCGACUGGAUUCAUUAAACCAGCCAGCUUUGACAGAAGCUCCAGAAUUCCUGACGAGAUUGUGAGGAGACUUAGAGUCAGUUUCUCAUUUGAUGAUCCUGCAUGGAAUGGCAAAUUACUGGAGACUUAUGAUGCUCGUGAAGACAAGUUUUCUAUUGCAUCUUGCUGUUGGGAUGUGAAUUUGAAGUAUCAUGCACGAAAGGUUCUUCUAUUGUCUGAUUUGGAAGUGCUGCGAUUUUGUUCAACUUCACCUGAUGCUGAGAAUCCUGAAUUUGUAGAAAACACAAGGCGGGUAUGUAGAUAUCUUGUUAAGAAUCCAGAUUGGAGAAAGAUCUUUCCUUUGGGGAAACCUCAUGUUUUCAAGAGGACUAACACUGGCGAAUGGGCACGAUGUGAAUAGAUUGCGAAUCACUCAAUGUGACAUGUUUCAUUUGAUUUAAGGGGGUAUUUGGUAAUGAAAAUUUUGUGCUAAUGUACCAUGAAUUUGUAUAAAAAAUUGGUGUUACAUGAAUUUACUCUAAUCUUUAAGACAAAUUCAUGGAACAUGAAUGUGGUGUUCCUGUUACCAAAUGCCCCUUAUGCCCCUUAGGAGACUUUGUUAGCAUAUAUUCUCAAGUAUUGCAACCCCUCCCCAUGCUUCAAUAAAUCAUUG